GAGACCGAACCAACCAUGUUUCUCCCUGCCAUUCACUUCUAUGGCCUUCUCCUAGCUUGCAUCUUCACGAAAAGCUACUUGGCUUUCAAGAACGAUGCCACAGAGAUACUUUAUUCACAUGUUGUUAAACCCGCUGCAGCGAGCCCAAGCAGCAAUAGCACCUUGAACCAAGCCAGGAACGGCGGCAGGCACUACACCAGCACUGGAUCCGACCGUAACAAUCGUGUUCAAGUUGGCUGUCGGGAACUGAGAUCCACCAAGUACAUUUCAGAUGGUCAGUGCACCAGCAUCAAUCCACUGAAGGAGCUGGUGUGUGCUGGUGAAUGCCUCCCUUUGCCACUGCUUCCCAACUGGAUUGGGGGAGGUUAUGGAACCAAGUACUGGAGCAGGCGGAGCUCACAGGAGUGGAGAUGUGUCAAUGACAAAACUCGCACUCAGAGGAUCCAGCUUCAGUGCCAGGAUGGAAGUAUAAGAACCUACAAAAUAACUGUGGUCACAGCCUGCAAGUGCAAGCGAUACACCAGGCAGCACAAUGAGUCCAGCCACAACUUUGAGGGAACCUCUCAAACAAAACCUAUCCAGCAUCACAAAGAGAGGAAAAGAGCAAGUAAAUCCAGCAAACAUAGUACAAGUUAGAAGUCAGACACUCUCUUCUCUCUCAUCUCCCUCUCUUCGUGCCAAAAUUGAACUCACCUGUAACCAUUUCCUUUACUAUUCUGACUGCUUAAAGACUAGUCUGCCAUUGCUGUGUUCUCAGUUGACACUACAUGCUUAUGGCUUUGGCCAAAAUCAACAGGGGCAUUCUCACUCAGCAUAUGGACCCUUUGGGUGAUUUUCCAGAUGCUCAAGAUGAGGAAUAACACCAGCCUUUCAA